CUGCGGAGACGGCCCGCCCGGCUCGCUCGAGCUCGCCUGCUGCUCGCCAGCCCGCGAAGAGCGGAGAGAAUUCGAACGCUUCCGCGGUGUUCUGGUCUGGAACUGCCCCGUUGCGGCCAGCGUUCCUAAGGCAGACACAGCGUUUCUUUCUCAUACUUCCAAAGAAACAAAAUAACCUUCAAGCUGGCGGGAGCAAUGGUUCACAUAGAGAAAGGCGAGCUGACCCAGGAGGAAAAGGCUCUGCUGGAAGUCAUCGGAAAAGGUACUGUCCAAGAAGCUGGAACACUGUUAGCCAGCAAGAGUGUUCGUGUCAACUGUUUGGAUGAGAAUGGAAUGACUCCUCUAAUGCAUGCUGCGUAUAAAGGAAAACUUGAUAUGUGCAAAUUACUUUUGCGACAUGGAGCCGAUGUAAAUUGUCAUCAACAUGAACAUGGAUACACAGCCCUCAUGUUCGCUGCACUUUCUGGUAAUAAAGACAUCACAUGGGUAAUGUUGGAAGCUGGUGCCGAGACAGAUGUUGUCAAUUCAGUAGGAAGAACAGCAGCUCAGAUGGCAGCCUUUGUGGGUCAACAUGAUUGUGUAACUGUAAUCAACAAUUUCUUUCCUCGAGAGAGACUGGAUUAUUACACUAAACCCCAGGGACUGGAUAAAGAGCCGAAACUGCCCCCAAAGUUGGCGGGCCCACUGCACAAAAUUAUCACUACAACAAAUCUUCACCCUGUUAAGAUCGUGAUGCUUAUAAAUGAGAAUCCUCUGCUGGCAGAAGAGGCAGCUCUGAAUAAAUGCUACAAGGUGAUGGAUUUGAUUUGUGAGAAAUGUAUGAAGCAAAGAGACAUGAAUGAAGUAUUAGCCGUGAAAAUGCAUUACAUCAGCUGUAUCUUUCAGAAAUGUAUUAGCUUCCUAAAGGAUGGAGAGAAUAAACUGGACACUCUGAUCAAAAGCCUGCUGAAAGGCCGGCCCUCUGACGGCUUUCCCGUGUGCCAAGAGAAGCUCAUCAGAGAGAGCAUCAGGAAGUUUCCCUACUGCGAAGCCACCCUCCUGCAGCAGCUGGUGCGCAGCAUCGCUCCCGUGGAAAUUGGUUCUGAUCCCACUGCGUUCUCUGUACUUACUCAAGCCAUCACUGGUCAGGUGGGUUUUGUGGAUGUCGAAUUUUGCACCACCUGUGGAGAAAAGGGAGCAAGUAAAAGAUGCUCAGUAUGCAAAAUGGUAAUAUAUUGCGAUCAAGCCUGCCAGAAGACACACUGGUUUGCACAUAAGAAAAUCUGUAAGAACCUCAAGGACAUUUAUGAGAAACAAUUGGAAGCUGCGAAAGAAAAGAGUGAAGAGGAGAAGAACGUCAAGCUCGAUGUCAAUUCUAAUUGUGUUAAUGAAGAGCAACCAGAGGCUGAAACAGCCGUCUCCGAGGAGGAUCACGACCCGAGGGAGUCUGCGGAAGGGGAGAAGGAAUCUCUGCAGUGCGAUGCUGGGUUGGAGUGCUCACAGGGUACUACUGCAGGCCCACUGGCCUCGGAGGAGUAAAAGCCAGAGCACGUGCCAGCGUGGACGGUCCUCGCCCUGACAGUGGCCGGAAAACACGUGACUAUGUCUGCAUUGCCUUGUGACGCCCGCAUGGCACCGUGGCAGGACUUCGUAGAAGAGAUGCUUUCCAGCAAAGCCGUGUCUACCAUACCCUGAUUUCCACUGACUUCUCUUCUAUAAUUGGACAGAUAUUACUACGGGAAAAAAUUAUUUUUCAAAAAACAGGAGAAACAUUUCUAUUUACUUUCUGAGGCCAACUUUCCAGCAAUUGUUUUCAAAGGGAAAAAAAAAUUCCCCUUAGAAAAGUAAUAUGGGCUCUAGGGAACAAAGGGACAAGUAUAACAGGUGUAGGAAAGAGGAGAUUUUCAAGAAAGAAAAAUGUUAUAGCUACAGAGAUGGGUAGUUAAAAAAAUAACUUAUGUGUGAAUAAAAUGCAUAUAAAUAGCAUUUACAAUAGUGAAGUUCUACUUACUAGGAUGUAACGAAGUGAAGAAAGGUUAUGUGUUUAAGGAUCUUUGCCAUAGCUCAGCUAAUUAUAAUUUUGUAUAGAAAUGAUCUCAAACAAUCUAAACUUUAUGUACUUCCUGCAGUGAUGUUUUAUCUACAUUCAGUAUUCGUACCUUCAGAAAUACCAAAUCCUCCAGAAGGAACUAGGCAUUGCCAGAGUUAUCUCAGCAUGUGCAUUAAAAGAAACGUGUCAUGACAUUUUUGAUUAAAUAUGUCUAAGCAUACUGUUUCCACAAUCAUUGUACAACUAAUUCAUGUGCCAUAUUCCGCUUGAAAGGCUGACUUUUAUCUUUCUAUAUGAUUUUCAUGGGAUCCUUCCUGUUCAGAAACUGAUUUAUAACAGUCAUUUGUAGAAUGUUCUGGCAUCAGUUUUUAGAGCGUGCAGUAUUAAACAGUGUAUGAUAGAUAGCUGAAGAUAGUGCUGUGUUUCAUAGUUUGUGUUGAUUGUAAAAUAAA